UCUUCGAAAGCCCUUUGUCAUAUCAAUAUAUCAUUCCACCCUUGCUGGUCCGCAAACCCUAGCUUAAACCCUGCAUUUCUGAACAAUAUCUUUUCUCUGAACAACAAAACCCAGCAAAACCAACCGCUUCUCAAGAUGGGUAUACCUGCGUUCUAUCGAUGGCUGCUCGAACGGUACCCUCGUUCCGUUGAGCCGGCAGUGGAAGAAACUCCGGCGGUCUUCAACGGCGUUACCGUCCCAAUUGACACUUCCGGACCAAAUCCUAACGGAUAUGAAUUUGAUAACUUGUAUCUCGAUAUGAAUGGGAUUGUGCACCCUUGUUUUCAUCCUGAAGGCUUGCCUCCUCCGAAGACCUACGAUGAUGUGUUCAUGGCGGUAUUCAAGUAUCUUGAUAGGGUCUUUUCAAUCAUUAGGCCCCGGAAGCUUUUAUUCAUGGCGAUUGAUGGAGUUGCACCGCGUGCUAAAAUGAAUCAACAGCGAGCAAGGCGUUUUAGAGCUGCUAAAGAUGCAGCUGAUGCAGCUUCUGGAACAGAGAAUCUGAGAAGGAUACAUGAAUCAAAAGGGAAAGAUUCAUCAGAUACUCAAAUACUGGAUUCUAAUGUAAUCACUCCUGGAACUGAAUUCAUGGCUAUGCUGUCGUCUGCACUACAAUACUAUGUACAGACCAGAAUGAAUGAGGACCCGGGCUGGAAAGGAAUCAAGGUUAUUCUCUCUGAUGCUAGUGUACCUGGUGAAGGAGAGCACAAGAUUGUUUCUUACAUCCGCUUGCAAAGGAAUCUGCAUGGAUUUGAUCCUAACACACGGCAUUGCUUGUAUGGAUUGGAUGCAGAUCUGAUUAUGCUUGCACUUGCCACCCACGAAGUUCACUUCACGGUUCUAAGAGAAGAUGUUCGCAAAGCACACUCCAAGGAUAGAGGUCCAAAACAUCAGAAACAUGUCAAAGUUGCAGAAUGUGGCAAGGAGUUAGAAAAUUUUAUAUCACAACAGACGUUUCAGCUUCUCAGAAUAUGGGUUCUCAGGGACUAUCUAGCUUAUGAUUUAAAAAUACCAGAUUCAGCAGUUAAAACAGACCUGGAACGAUUGAUAGAUGAUUUCAUUUUUAUGUGUUUAUUUGUUGGAAACGAUUUUCUACCACACAUGCCUUCGUUGGAGAUAUCAGAGGGGGCCAUUGACUUGCUCAUGAAUGUCUACAAGAAGGAAUUUGUCCAAAUGGGUGGUUACCUGACUAAUUCUGUUGAGGUUAAUUUGAAAAGGGUGGAGCAUUUCAUACAAGCUGUUGGUUCAUAUGAAAAUAGGAUCUUUAAAAGGCGCAUACAGGCAAGAAAAGAAUGGGAGAGGCCAAUGAGACAUCAUUCCACUAAUUCAGAUCCUAAAGGGAAUCAGACUAAAAGCCAUGCAAAUUUCAAGACUGCUUUGGAAGAUGACAAGGUUAAAUUAGGGGAAGAGGGCUGGAAAGACAGAUAUUAUGCAGAAAAAUUUGAGGUUGAAUCUGUUGAAGACUGUGAUAGGGUUCGUAGGGAUACGGUUUUGAAAUAUGCUGAAGGGAUAUGUUGGGUGAUGCAUUAUUACUACCAAGGAGUCUGCUCCUGGCAAUGGUUUUAUCCUUACCACUAUGCUCCCUUUGCAUCUGAUUUUCAUGGUUUUGAUCAAUUAGACAUAACUUUCACACUAGGCAAGCCCUUCAAGCCUUUUGAUCAGUUGAUGGGUGUCCUUCCAGCUGCAAGUGCACAAGCACUCCCUCUUUCGUACAGGAAGUUGAUGACAGAUCCACUAUCCCCCAUUUUGGACUUCUAUCCUCCUGAUUUUGAGCUUGACAUCAAUGGAAAAAGGCAUUCAUGGCAGGCUGUGUGUAAGUUACCAUUUAUUGAUGAAUUCCGUCUUCUCUCAGAGUUGGCAAAAGUUGAGAAUACAUUGACGGAUGAAGAAAAGAAGAGAAACAGCCUUGGACUUGAUAUGCUAUUUGUUCAUGGAUCACAUCCUUUAGCUGGAAAGAUCUUUUCAUUCUGUAAACGGAAUAAAGAUAAUCCAAAGUUGACACAGGCAAAAGUGAAGAGGAAAAUCAACCCAGAAUUCAGCCAUGGAAUGAAUGGGUACUUGUAUAUUUCUGAUAAACCCGUGUGUCCUAUAGAGAUACCUUCACCAAUCAAUGGCAUGGAUAUGAUAAGAGACAACAAAGUAAUAUGUGUAUUUUAUAAAGGCCCUUCUUUUCAUUCUCAUAUUAGCAGACUGCCUGAAGGAGUAAUAUUGCCUGGAAAGGCUAUCAAAAAGUAUGACAUCCAGCCGCCUCCAGUGCUGUGGCAUGAGAAGACUGCCAUUACCAAAGGGAGAGUCGCUUUAAAGCCUAUGCCUCCCCAGUCUAUAUCGGGAUCUUGUUUGGCGAGGUUAGCUCAUCGGCUUGUUUUGGAAAAUCUUAUUGUGAAGCGACAAGGAAAUGGGGUUGACAUGGCAUUGCAAGCACCUUUGUCAAACCAGACAUGUGCUGACAUGGCAUUGCAAGCACCUUUGUCAAACCAGACAUGUCCUGACAAUGAAAACCUUGAUGAAUGCAGGAAGAUGAAGAGUAAGGCUGAAAGAAAAAAGGCUCAGCGCGAACGCAAGAUACAGAAACAAAAGGCUCAGCGCGAACGCAAGAUACAGAAACUUAAACAACAGGAAAAUGGGAUUAACAUGGCAUUGCAAGCACCUUUGUCAAACCAGACAUGUCCUGACAAUGAAAACCUUGAUGAAUGCAGGAAGAUGAAGCGUAAGGCUGAAAGAAAAAAGGCUCAGCGCGAACGCAAGAUACAGAAACUUAAACAACAGGAAAAUGGGAUUAACAUGGCAUUGCAAGCACCUUUGUCAAACCAGACAUGUCCUGACAAUGAAAACCUUGAUGAAUGCAGGAAGAGGAAGCGUAAGGCUGAAAAAAAAGAGGCUCAGCGCAAACGCAAGAUACAGAAACUUAAACAACAGGAAGAGGAAGCGUAUAACGAUCCCCAGCAAAUGUACAGCGAUUUCUGGAAAACGAUCUGGUGAUAUAUCAACCUGCGUGUAAUCAGGAGUGCCUGGCAUAACAAAAGACCUGAGCACUUGUUUGCAGGUAUCAAAUUCUGGAUGGUUCGAUUACUUCUUGCUAUUGUGCAGGAGACAUUUUAGUCUAUUGAUUUACCAACCUACCUGAAGUUGCUGUAUUUGAGGUUUUGUUGUAUGUUUAGUAUUGUGUAGCUGUAGCUGGCCAUUGCUUCAAUUUUGUUCUUUUGACCCCUUGAGUCCUAACACCCAUAUCGGUGUAAAAUUUUCUAUUGAGUAACAUUCCUGAAUGUACGAGUUUGAGUUUGAUAUAUGUUGUUGGGUAAUGUUAGAAUUUAA